CUCAACCCAGCCACGGAGUGGGAUCCGAGCGCCGGCCGACGUGCUCCGGUGCCCUCUCUGCCUGAUGGCCAGCUCUCACCCGGAUCCUGAACCCGAGCCCGAAUCCGUGUUCCCACGGGAGGUCCGGCUCUUCACCGACUCUUACUCGGAGAGCAGCCGGUUCUGCUUCUGUGGGCACCAGCUGAGCAUCACGCAAAACUUUGGGUCGCGCCUUGGGGUGGCGGCACGCGUGUGGGAUGCGGCUCUGAGCCUGUGUAACUAUUUCGAGAGUCAGAAUGUGGAUUUUCGAGGCAAGAAGGUGAUCGAACUGGGCGCUGGGACGGGCAUCGUGGGAAUUUUGGCGGCGCUGCAGGGGGGGGAUGUUACCAUCACUGAUCUACCAUUGGCCUUAGAGCAGAUCCAGUAUAAUGUCCGCGCUAAUGUACCGUCUGGAGGCCGGGUGAAGGUUUGUGCCUUGUCCUGGGGAAUUGACCAGCAUGGCUUUCCUGGAAACUAUGACUUGGUGCUGGGGGCAGAUAUCGUGUACCUGGAACCUACCUUCCCACUGCUGGUGGGGACCCUCCAACACCUGUGUGGGCCUCAUGGCACCAUCUACCUGGCCUGCAAGAUGAGAGAAGAGCAUGGGACUGAGAGCUUCUUUCGGCACUUCCUGCCCCAGCACUUCCAGCUGGAGCUGGCCCAGCGGGAUGAGGAUGUGAAUAUCAACAUCUAUAGGGCCAGGCACAGGGAAGUGAGACCUGCUGGGCCUCACCCCUGCUGCUGAGCCCAGCCCCUGCCUCAGCAGAGGAUGGCAUAUCUCCAGAGCCAUAAACAUCUGGACAAAAGGGAAGGAUGGAUUGCCUGUCUUCUUUCUUCCCUCUUCCAGUUUGCUCCCCGAGGUAUUCUUGUUAAAAAUAGCAGAGCCCUAGAAGCAUUGAGUUUAAAGCACAAAGAGGGGCCUUCGGCGGAGGAGGAUGAGACGGUGUGCAGGAUAUGGGGGUAAGAGAGGCAAACUGGGUAUGAAUAGCGGCUGCGGAGAGACUGCCACUGAUUACUUCCAGCUCUUUAGAGUGGACGUUUU